CCAUAAAUCAAUUAAAGGUUCCUUAUAUAAAUAUCACUUAUGUCAUAAUUAUUGAUAAAAUCCCUGACAAACAAAGAGCAUGUGUACUUUAAGGACAGACUAAGGGCAUCAAAAGUUCAUGAUCAAACACAAAUUUUCACUCAUUCAUGUAGUCAAAAUCAAUUAGUAAGGAACUGUCAAAUUCUAGCCAAUUUAUGGGGUAAUAAAAAUUGAAAUGCAAAACUGAGUGUAGAUAAGCAACAAAUAAGUAAAAAUCUCACCCAUGAGAAUUAUGGUGAAAAAAUUAAUGUCAUGCUGCGUGUUGAAUAUGUUCCUUAGUUCCAGCAGAUAUCAAGUUUUUUUUUUCACUGCGCAUAGCAAAUUCGUUGUGGUGGAAAAAAAAGUUGGUGGAACAAAAUUGAUUGGUAAAAGUACAGAACAUUUUUUGAAAGUUAACUAGCAAGGAACAGUCUUGAAAAGUACAAAAUCUUGUGUCUAAUAGUACAAAGAAGUAGAAUCAGUUGAAGAUUUAGAUCAAACUUGACAUUAGAUUAAAGUUUGCAAAAUUAUUGAUUUUAGAAAAUGACAUUGAAAGGAACAAGUCUUUAAAGCUCAUGAAAAGUGCGUAAAUUAAAAGACAUUUAAUAAUAUAUACCUGAAAAAAAAGACUGACAAGAGUACAAAAAAAAGCUUAAUUAAAGAAUAAUUUUAAAGAAAAUUAAGCAUCAUUGAUUACUUUUCAUCAAAAAGGGCAAGCUAGCAAAAAAAAGGUUCGACAUCAACACAAUCAAAAAAGUGAAAGAACUGCUUAUAUACACGAGAGCCAUAUGAUUAUUCCGGCUAAUGAAAUUUGUAUUAGUGUUGCUUUAUAUACAGCUGUAUAAAAAUUUUCGAGUGUCUCUCAGCUCGAAACAAUCGUGACUCGCUCUCUUCGAUUUCACUUCUCAUCUUUUUAUUCAGUAAGUCAUUCGCUGUUUAGCUGUUGAAUAAGAAACAGUGAAAUUAAAAAAAGAAGCAAGUUGUGACAGUAAAAAUAAAAUAUCUUUAGAUAUAAAAAUAAGAACUUAUGGUGCUGUGAAUGCUUCAUUACUAUUAUGUUUAAAAAGAAGUUUAAAAAAGAAACGUAAAAAAAAAUUUUUUGAGCAAAGAAAAAGUUAAAUAUAUUAUUACUUAGUGUAACAAAUAAAUCCUAUUCUUGUGCCGGUGAAGAGAAUAUUCAAAAAAAAAAAAGAAAUUUCUCGUUCAUCGUGAAACUCGAAAACAAUUCAUACACAAAUACACAAAAUAAAAAAUAAAAGAAUUAAAGAAUAAAAAAAAAACACAUAAAGAUUGUCAAGCCAAAUGCAUACCGAUAUGGAUUCAAUAGUGGAUUGUUACGAUGUUGAAUAUGAGCACAAUAAUUUUGGCUACAAUAACAAACAGUGGAUAAUGGAUAAUGUAGAUGUAUAUGAUCAUGUAACAAAAGUCAUUCGAUAUCAUCCGAAAUAUUUUGAGCAUUACAUUAAGACACAUCGGUAUUUGAUGUAUGAUGAUGGUCCAUUGCCAUUUACAACACGUCACUAUUUAGCAAUAAUUGCAGCAGCACGUAAUAAAUGCAAUUAUUUGGUGAAUUUACAUGAGAAGGAAUUCUUGGCAGAAGGUGGUGAUACAAAAUGGCUAAAUGGACUUGAAUUCAUUCCACAGAAACUUCGUGCCAUAUAUGAUAUUAAUAAGAUAUUGGCACAUCGUCCAUGGCUAUUGACCAAAGAACAUAUUGAGCGUCUUACAAAAGGAACGAAUAGUUGGUCAUUAGCAGAAGUUGUCCAUGCAAUCGUUAUCCUGUCUCAUUUUCAUUCACUCUCAUCUUUCGUAUUCUCAUGUGGUCUCAAUCAGGAAUUGGAUGCUAGUCUUAAAAAUGAACCGGAAUCACCGACUGUAUCAGAACCGGAGCCCGUAAUUAAGCCAAGUACAACACCACCAUUUAUUCAACGCUUAAAGCUUGAACAGCAACGAAUGCAUCAAAUGAUGAAGGAACAAGAGGAAAAUAAGAAAAUUUUGCAACAAAGCAACAGUCAAGUGUUGAUGAAUGGAGUAAAUAGUGAUAAUAUUGAAAUGCUCAUGAAGCGCAUGCAAGAUUUGUCAGACAAGAAGAAGGAAUGCAGCGAAACAGAACUGAGUAAUCGCUUUAAAAAUGUUGAACUUCAGGCAGCACAAUUGACAUCACCUGCAGAUGUAGUAAUUGUAAAUAUUUCUCCAUCCAUCAGUCAUUACGUUGACGAUCCAAAUUAUGCAUAUCAAGAUUUUGCGAGACGUGGAGCUGAGAAUAUUCCACAUACGUUUCGCAUUCAAGACUAUUCAUGGGAUGAUCAUGGAUACUCACUUGUUAAUCGUCUCUAUAAUGAUGUUGGCUUCUUAUUAGAUGACAAAUUUCGUGUUGCAUAUAAUUUAACUUACAAGACACUUGCUGGUCGCCAGAAUGUCGACACAUCUAAAUUUCGUCGUGCAAUAUGGAAUUAUAUUCAAUGUAUCUUUGGAAUUAGGCACGAUGACUAUGACUAUGGUGAAGUCAAUAAACUCUUGGACCGUCCUUUAAAGACAUUCAUCAAAACAGCUUGUUGCUUUCCCGAUCGCAUUACAAAGCAAGAUUAUGAUAGUAUCCUCGUUGAAUUGCUCGACAGCGAAAAGUGUUUCUUUUCAAAUAGCAAUCACUGGACUAUGGAUAAUGUAGAUGUAUAUGAUCAUGUAACAAAAGUCAUUCGAUAUCAUCCGAAAUAUUUUGAGCAUUACAUUAAGACACAUCGGUAUUUGAUGUAUGAUGAUGGUCCAUUGCCAUUUACAACACGUCACUAUUUAGCAAUAAUUGCAGCAGCACGCAAUAAAUGCAAUUAUUUGGUGAAUUUACAUGAGAAGGAAUUCUUGGCAGAAGGUGGUGAUACAAAAUGGCUAAAUGGACUUGAAUUCAUUCCACAGAAACUUCGUGCCAUAUAUGAUAUUAAUAAGAUAUUGGCACAUCGUCCAUGGCUAUUGACCAAAGAACAUAUUGAGCGUCUUACAAAAGGAACGAAUAGUUGGUCAUUAGCAGAAGUUGUCCAUGCAAUCGUUAUCCUGUCUCAUUUUCAUUCACUCUCAUCUUUUGUAUUCUCAUGUGGUCUCAAUCAGGAAUUGGAUGCUAGUCUUAAAAAUGAACCGGAAUCACCGACUGUAUCAGAACCGGAGCCCGAAAUUAAGCCAAGUACAACACCACCAUUUAUUCAACGCUUAAAGCUUGAACAGCAGCGGAUGCAUCAAAUGAUGAUGCAGCAAGAAGAAAGCAGAAGAAUUUUGCAACUAAGUAAUAAUCAAAUGAUGAUGAAUAAUGGAGUUAAUAGUGAUAAUAUUGAAAUUCUCAUGAAGGCUAUGCAAGAUUUAUCAGAAAAGAAGAAGGAAUGCAGCGAAACAGAACUGAAUAAUCGCUUUAAAAAUGUAGAAAUUCAGACAGCACAAUUAAUAUCUCCAACAAAUACAGAAAAAACAUUUGAGAUACCUCCAUCCAUCAGCCAUUACGUCGACGAUCCAAAUUAUGCAUAUCAAGAUUUUGCGAGACGUGGAGCUGAAAAUAUACCAUUUCGUGUUCAAGACUAUUCAUGGGAUGAUCAUGGAUAUUCUAUCGUCAAUCGUCUCUAUAAUGAUGUUGGCUUCUUAUUAGAUGACAAAUUUCGUGUUGCAUAUAAUUUAACUUACAAGACACUUGCUGGUCGUCAGAAUGUCGACACAUCUAAGUUUCGACGUGCAAUUUGGAACUACAUUCAAUGUAUAUAUGGAAUUAGGCAUGAUGAUUAUGAUUAUGGUGAAAUCAACCAGCUUCUUGAUCGCUCAUUAAAGUCCUUUAUUAAAACUGCAUGUAGCUUUCCUGAACGCAUUAAGAAGCAAGAUUAUGAUACGAUUCUUACCGAGUUACUUGAUAGUGAGAAAGUACACGUAAACCUUAUGAUUCUGGAAGCAAAGAACCAGGCAAUAUUGCUUUAUGCAUUGAGAGAAAUAAUGCGGUAUAUGCUUUGAUUAAUUAAUUGAUCUCAUUCGAAUAUGAUUGUUUAUUUUACAUUUUGUCAUGUUAACUUAUGAGGCUUAUAUUAACAGUCUCAAUUAAAUUAGAAAUUAACAUUUUGAUCAAAAACAGAAAACAUUUUUCAUAAAAAUUCGUUUUUUUAUUACAAACAAGAAAUUAAAGGAUGUGAAUAAGUAAUAAGUGUCUGUAAGUUGAGCUUUUUAUAAAUAUAUAUUUAAACAAGAUGAUGAGAAGAAUUAAUAAGCGUAAAAUGUUAUAUCAAUAUUUUUUCACAUGAGAAAGUUUUUUUUAAAUGCUUCGUUGUGAUUUAUUCGUAAUAUAUAAGUGAAGAAAAGUUGUUCAAAUCGAUAUUUCUUUUUGUUAAAUUUUUUUAUUGUAAAGCAUGAGAAAAUAAUUGAUCAACACGUGCCAAAAGUUGAAAAUAAAAUUUUGACGAUGAUUUCAUAGCGAUUAUACACAUAUUUAUUCAGUUUUUUGCUUCUAUUUAUCGUACGUUUGUUUUUU